AUGCCGCUGUUUGUGCAGUUGGGCAAGUGCCUCCGCACUUACAUGCUUGCUGAUUCCUUCAAUGGAAAGGUGGAUGGACGGAUAACAAUCACACUCUUCGUUUUUGUAGAUCGCUUCGGAUUUUUUCUCCGUUCUCCUUUUGUUUUCGCCUUUUUUUAUUUUUGCGGCAGAGACCCUGUGAGUCUCAGGAAUAGAGAUAUGAGGCGGUGCUGUUGUGCCAAAAGCGGAAGGCCUCAGUUUCUCAUUGACAGUCCGCACGUUCGCCACAGCAUCAAUGGCUUUGCUCUGUUCACCAAGGAACUCCAGAUGGAGAAGGGUGUGCUGAAGGCGAAGGACCUGAAGAAGGGUCAAGAUAAUAUGAAAGUUAUUUCGUCACACUGGAAACAGCUUUCGAAUAAAGAGCGAAAUGAUUAUAAUAGACGCGCGCGUGAAAUAGGGGCCAUGAGAGUGCCGAACACCGAAAAGGCAUUCAACGACUUUAACCUUCUUAUGCGUCUCAUCUACCGGAGCGAGGACAUCGCAGGCGCAGGGGACGAGACCUUUACCGCACGCAUGGUCAGCAAUACAAUGGCCCAACUCAAUCCAGAUCAAAAAAAGAAGCUGCGCAAGGAGUUUGUAACUCCGCCAACUAACAUAGAAAACAAAACAAAGGAACAAAUGAGACAUAUAUCGUGGUAUUACCCGCAUAUGCGGUAUUUCGACUCUUUUACCGAUAUGCUUCAGUCUGUGGCACCCACGCGGAAGGAACUCUUUAUCGCCGUCUCACGUGUCUUAAAAGUGAAUCGCACCGCUUCCCAGCAGUCUUUGGCGGCGCUGAAUCAAAAGUUUGAAUCCCUUAAGGGGACUCAUCUUAACAAGUUCCGACCCAUCGGUGAGGAGGACAUCACCUCUUUCGAGAAGUAUUGUGCGUCGAAUUGCGCCGGCUUUGACGUCCACGCCUUUAAUAUCAUACGGCUAUUUGCCCAGUUCCGUGGUCUGGUGACAGCGAAGAAUUCUCCGAAGGGACAAGAAGCCAUACAGUACAAAAUGUUAAUGGAAGCGGACCGCUUUCGUGAGAGUCUGUAUUUCAAGGCCUUGCGCAAUUUGGAGAGGGCCAAAGCUGGUCGAACUGCCGACCACGGGACGUACAUUUCAUACUUUUACCCAGAUGGGGUAUCCGUGCCACCCAAAACGUACGGGAUAGAAACCCACUUGAACGAUGUUCAUGUCGCUACGCUGCUGGCUGAAACAAGGUUUGGGAGGUCUGUCUACGAUGAUGUUCUGGAGCGGACGGGCUGUUUCCGCAGCAAAGAAGCUAACCAGCUGCUUAGGGAGACGUACAUAAACCCUACAAGCAAGAAAAAAGGGAAAGAAUGA